AGGACGGUGGUGCAAUUUUUGGUGAACCUAUGAUGGAGGACCACUUAAGAUCACCUUCGGAAGAUUCCGGAGUAGGUUUACAAGCUCAUGAUAGGCAAUCUAGAAUUAUAUGCAAGAUGACGAGUUGGCAGGUGGUCGUGGUUCUAGAAGGCAUUCCAGCCCUGGAGAGUCCAGAGAGGGAUCGCAAAUGGCGUUGCACAGGCCUGAUUAUGAGGAUUCGUGUGGUUACUUGGAGGGACUCCGGUCACAGCUGGGCGGGUGGACGCAAAGAGUUAAAUCUUGGUACUGGGGAAGACCUUUAGAAUUGGCCCAUAAACUUUCACGAAGUUUCGAUAUGAAAGAAGACACGGCUUUGCUUGGUCCAAAUAAUAGUGCAGGUCCAAAUGGAGGACCUGUUCGAAGGCACCAGUCAAUGUCCCGGCUCGGAGGCGCACCUGCUUCUGGUGAAGCAGGCGGUACUCCCAGGGCAGUUUCUGAUCAGCAAGGAAAUCUUCAUGUUGCUGUGAAGAAGAGCAAACCCAUUUUGGGAAUCGCCAUUGAAGGAGGUGCCAAUACAAAACAUCCCUUGCCCAGAAUUAUCAAUAUUCAUGAAAACGGUGCUGCAUUUAGUGCCGGUGGUCUGGAAGUUGGCCAGUUGAUACUAGAGGUGGACGGCAGAUCAGUGGAAGGAAUGCCUCAUCAAGAUGUUGCUCGUUUGAUUGCAGAAUGUUUUGCUCGACGAGAUACACCUGAUAUAAAUUUCGUAGUUGUGGAAGCAAAGAAAUCCAAUUUGGAACCUAAACCCACAGCUUUAAUAUUUUUGGAAGCAUAACAUUUGCUCUGCCUGCCCGCUUCGGAGCCCGAUCCAGACGCCCCCGAACCAGGGGUUGAUCUCACCGACAAAGCAACGCUCGAAAACGACCAAAAGUAAUUUAAUA